AUGAAUGACGACAUAGCCGUUGUAGGACUCUCCUUCAAGCUUCCCCAAGAUGUCAAUGACAUCUCCAGCUUUUGGGAGGUCCUCGAGAACCGGAAAAAUCUCAUGACCGACUGGCCCGAAUCACGUAUCAAGAAUGGUUCGCAUGAGGCUAGCGGCGAGAACAAGAUCCAUUGCCGGGGAGGACAUUUCAUAACGGAAGACCCAGGAGCAUUUGAUGCCCCGUUUUUCUCUGUUACCGCAAAGGAGGCGGCUUCUAUGGACCCCAUGCAAAGAUGGACUCUUGAAGCAUCUUAUCACGCUUUUGAAAAUGCCGGAAUACCAGUCGACCAACUCAGGGGUUCACGCUGUGGAGUGUUUUCUGCCUCUAUGACAGAUGACUACAAGCGGAUGGUUGCGCAAGACCCCGAUAACGUACCUCGUCUAGCAGUAACGGGAACAUUCGCCUCUAUUCUACCUAACCGUGUCAGCUGGUACUUCGACUUACACGGCCCAAGUAUCCACGUAGACUCAGCAUGCUCAAGCAGCUUGCUCGCCCUUGACCUUGCUUGCCAGGCAUUGCACACUGGAGAAGCAUCGUCUGCUAUCGUUACCGGAUCCAACCUGAUCCUAGGACCUACGAUAUAUCAACUGCUGUCAUCGUUGAACUUCUUGUCUGCUGAUAGCAAAUGCUAUAGUUUCGACCACCGUGCAAAUGGUUACGCUCGCGGAGAAGGUGUCGUCGCCCUCGUUAUCAAGCCCCUGUCAGACGCUGUGCGCGAUGGGGACAUGAUCAGAGCAGUGAUCAGAUCUACGAGCUCAAACCAAGAUGGCCACACACCCGGGCUGACACAGCCAAGUCCUCAAGCACAGGAAGACUUGAUUCGACAAGUCUACAAGAAGGCAAACUUACCUCUCGAUGUGACCCGUUACUUCGAGGCACAUGGAACUGGAACGCCGGUUGGUGAUCCGAUAGAGAUGAAAGCCAUAGGUAGGGUUUUUAGGACGAGUCGUUCGGCAGAAGAUCCCCUCUAUGUCGGCUCCGUAAAAACAAAUAUCGGCCAUCUUGAAGGAAGUAGCGGUUUGGCUGGCGUCGUCAAGUCUAUAUUGAUACUUGAAAAGGGUAUCAUCCCAGCUAAUGCAAAUUUUGAGAAGGUGAACCCUAAGCUUGACGUGGACUUCUACAAUACCAGAAUCCCAAGUGAGAAUGUUCCAUGGCCAUGUGAAGGCCUACGUCGUGCAUCAGUAAACUCAUUCGGAUUUGGUGGCACAAACGUGCAUGUCAUUCUGGAUGACGCAUUCCACUACCUACAAGAACGGGGACUGACCGGAAAUCACUGCACUACUGUCCUGAAGAAGACGAAUGGCUUGUCUAUCUCUAAUGGGACUCACAACACUAAUGGCUCCUCUCAUACCAAUGGAAAUUCUAAUUCGAAUGGGAAUGGCCAUACUAAUGGACAUACUAACGGCCACGUUCAGUCGAAUGGAGCAACUAAGACAAAUGGAGACUCCAACGGAACAGCUCAAGCGACUAAUGGGGGCUCCAACGGUAAUGGCAACACAGUCGCCCAGAAAAACGGACACCAUCAAGAAUCUACGUCGAAACUACUGGUUUGGUCUGCAGCAGACGAGAAGGCUCUCAAGCGUGUGAUCGAGGGGUAUCAGAGCUUCUACAAGGAGCAGGUUCUACCGGCACCAACCAAACUCGAUGAUCUAGCAUACACGUUAGCCACCAGAAGAAGCCACAUGCUAUGGCGAGCAUUCGCGAUUGUCCCCAGCGGAUCUCAAACUCAGGAAUCAAGCCUUCCAGUCGUUAAGCCAAUCCGAAGUUCGACAGAGGCCGGUAUAGCCUUCGUGUUCACGGGCCAGGGAGCGCAAUACGCGAAGAUGGGCGCAGACCUUCUCGAAUACCCGCUUUUCGAGACCACGCUACGACGGAUUGACGAGAUAUACACUAUCCUGGGAUGCACAUGGUCGAUAUUCGAUGAACUCUACAACAAGGAGAAUAUUGAUCGCCCCGAAUACAGCCAGCCCCUUUCAACGGCCGUUCAGAUUGGGUUGAUUGAACUGCUAAGAAGCUUUGGGGUCGUUCCAAAGGCUGUUGUGGGCCACUCAUCGGGAGAAAUUGCAGCAGCCUAUUCAAUCGGUGCACUAUCACUCCUAGCGGCUUGUAAGAUAUCCUACUUCAGGGGGCAGCUGGCUGCCAAGCUCAGGGCUUCCAGCGAAACCCCUGAGGCCAUGAUGUCUGUGAAUCUUGCAGAGGAAGAGGUCAAGGGAUACUUAGAAAACAUCAGUGCCAACGUCGCGGCCAAGAUCAAUGUCGCUUGCAUCAACAGCCCACUUAACUGCACACUCUCCGGUGACGAGGGCGCCAUUGACAUCGCCAAGGAGCAGCUCGAUAAGGAUGGCAUCUUCGCCCAAAAACUCAAGACGGGCGUGGCGUACCACUCGCCCUCCAUGAAAAAGAUCGCCGACGAGUACAAGACCCAAAUGGGCUCUCUUGAUGGCAGUGCCAGGUCAUCAAUCCCGAUGGUCUCAUCAGUUACGGGCCGACGGGUUCAGCCAGCGGCGCUAGCAACCCCCCAGUACUGGGUCGACAACAUGGUGUCGCCCGUCCGAUUCGCCGACGCCGUCCAUGUCCUCACGCAGAAAACUUCGACUCUAAAGGUAGGAAUGGGAGCGAUCACUGACCUUAUCGAGGUUGGACCCCAUCCGGCGCUGCGAAGACCAGUCCAGGAUACUUUGGCGAAGGCCGGAAAUAAGAAGCAGCAGAUUCGGUAUAGUUACGUGCUACACCGGUCCCACUCCGCGGUACAAACCACGUUGGAACUCCUUGGGCAACUAUUCUGCCACGGACACGCAGUUUCGGUGCCAGCAGGAAACCAGCAGACUUCUAGCCAAGGACCCCGUCGUUUCUUAGUCGACUGCCCCAAGUACCCCUUCGAUCACUCGAAGAUAUAUUGGGCCGAGUCUCGUCUAAGUCGCGACUUCAGGCUGCGCGAGUCUGUUAAGGGCGAGUCCUUAGGGGCUCGGUUCUUCGACUGGAACCCCCUCGAGCCCAGGUGGCGGAACUUCCUCAGCGUCGAGAGCACACCAUGGAUUGGCGACCACGUUAUCAGCGGCACUAUCCUUUUCCCGGCUGCUGGCAUGCUGGUCAUGGCGAUGGAAGCGGUGCGGGAGCAGUGCCCUGAAAACCGCACAAUCUCCGGCUACUUUGUCAAGGAGGCUAACUUCCUCAACCCUAUCGUUGUUAAAGAAGCGUGGGAGGACAGGACAGAAACCAUGCUGCACCUGCGGCCAGUCAAGAGACCCUAUGAGAAAGAAUCGACGUGGUCGGAUAUUUCGAUAUACGGAUACUAUGAUAACCGGUGGACCGAAUGCUUCAGUGCUAGCAUCCAGGUUGAAUACGAAGACGCCGCUCAAACUGACGUCCAGGCAGAGCGGCAGUUGGCUCAUACAAAGAUCUACAACCAGUUCGUCGAGACACAAAAAGCAUGCACUAGGCCAGUGGAUUCCCAAGUAUUUUAUGAGGAUGCUGCGGACUGCGGUCUCGGAUACGGAGAGGCGUUCCAAGUCGUCGAGAAUAUCCAAUGGGACGGUAAAUCGAACACUGUCGCCCGUGUUGAUAUGACCAAAUGGAAGACCACUAGCCUCGUUCACCCCGUGGUCCUAGACUCUGCUCUGCACGUUUUGCGAGUCAGCACCACCCUAGGACUUUCUUUGUCCAAUGCCACGAACGUUCCCGUUCGCUUGGUGGGUGGCUGGUUCUCCGCAUCUGGGUGGCAACAGCCCCAAACAUCUUCCGUUCGAUAUCUUGCCAAUGCAAACAUCAAGGGGGGCAAAGAAAGUGACCAUGGUGCCAUACACGCCGUGGCAGAUGAUGGAUCAGUCUUGUGCACGAUAAGAAAAUUCACGACUGCUGCCGUAUCCAGAAAGGCUGACAGCAACAAGAGUGCUAAGAAGCUAUUGCACAGCAUCGACUGGAAACCACAACUAAGCUUGCUGGAACCACAAUACCUAGGAGAUCUAGUCGACGCGAAUGUCUUCACUCGAGACGAGAACAUCAUGCUCAACCACCACCAGAAGCUGUGCUUUGUGCUAGACAAGGUCGCCGCCAAGACCCUCAAACUCCUUUCCGGCGAAAACCGCAACAAGGUCCCGGACUCCCAAAAGAAGCAGAUCGAAUGGCUCGAGCAGCACGUCUCCCUGCAGCCCAAGGAACGGGUAACCGACGACAUAAGCGAGAAGGAGCUCGAGGUCCUGCUCAAGGAGAUCGAAGCGAUCCACCCGCCGUGGAAGCUGCACACGACUGUCGUGCGCCAGCUCAUGAACAUUCUCACGGGCGAGAUCGACCCGCUCGAGGUCAUCUUCGACGCGAACCUCGCCGACGUGUUCUACGCGGACAUGUUCGCGCACGUGUGCGACGACCGGAUGGUCAAGUUCCUCGACCUCGCGACGCACGAGAACCCCGGGCUGCGCAUCCUCGAGGUCGGCGCCGGCACCGGCGGCUUCACGUCGCGGGUCCUGGCGGCGCUGAAGCAGCUCGAGCAGCAGAGUGGGGCGCUCAAGUUCGCGGAGUACACCUACACCGACGUGUCGCCCGCGUUCUUCGAGAAGGCCACGGCGAGGUGGCACGAGUUCAAGGAGCGCAUGACGUUCAAGACGUUCGAUAUGAAGCGCAGCGCGGCGAGCCAGGGCUUUGAGCCCGGAUCCUACGACUUGAUCAUUGCCGGAAGUGUGCUCCAUGCCACGGAGGAUCUACUGGCCACGAUGAGGAACGUGCGCACGACACUGAAGCCGACAGGCCACCUCUUGCUGCUGGAAGUUAUUGCGCCCCAUGAUGUUGUCACGAACUUCACGUUCGGCCUGGUGCCUGGAUGGUGGGGUCGUAGGGAAGAAUGGCGAGGCCUGUCGCCCGCGAUACCCGAGAAGCAGUGGGACGAUGUCUUGAAGUGGUCAGGGUUCCGCGGCAACGACCUUGUCCUGAGGGAUUACCAAAGCGAAGCUUGCCACAUCUUCAGUAUUAUCGUAUCGAAAGCCGCGGAAGUAGCCGAAGCCCCAGCUCCUGGGAAACCAGGGCUUGUUGUAGUGGUCGAUCAGCAGUCAGAGCAGCAGAACGAGCUGGCCAACUUGAUCCACUACACCAUUACGAAGUCGACUGACGGGCAGGCUCGGGUCGUUUCCCUCGAUCACUUUGCCACAGCAGAUUUCUCUGAGGACGACACGGUAAUCUGCAUUGCCGAGAUGGUCAGGCCGUUCCUCGCGACGCUGUCCAACGAGAAGUUCCAACUCCUCCAGGAAUUCCUGAAGCGAGUCAAGAACCUACUCUGGGUUACGCUGAGGAUCUUCAAGGACAGCAUGUACGCACAGUACGGCAUCAUGGACGGGUUCUUGCGCUCCAUCCGGCGCGAGGAGAGCGACAAGCACAUCGUCACGCUUGCCAUCGAGUCCCAGGAAGACACACAGGCAGGCUACGCGCAGUACAUCGCCAAAGCCCACAAAGCGGCCUUCGAGGCACAGACCGAGGAGCUGGAGUAUGUCAUCCGCAACGGUCUGCUGACCACUGGGAGAAUGGCGGAAGACGUUUCUGGAAACGAGCAGCUGCGAAGUCUGCUCUACCCGCAGCUGCAGCAGAAGCCUAUCGCGAAGGGACCCGCGCUGAAGUUUUCCAUUGGCGAGGCUGGGGCUUUGGACUCGUUCCAGCUUGUAGAAGAUGUCGCCAGUCAGAAUGAUCUUCUUCCGCACGAAGUUGAGAUCGAGGCUAAGUCGUGGGGCGUCGACUCCCGAGACGUGCUCGCUGCACUGGGUCGUUUGGAAGAGAACGAAUUCGGAAUUGACUGCGCGGGUGUCGUGACGAGGGUGGGCCCUGACUGUGAUAGCGAUAUCAAGCUAGGAGACAGAGUCUGCAUGGUCUCCAUCGACUGCAUGCGAACGCAUCCUCGCGCCUUAGACCAUGCGGUACAUAAGAUCCCCGACAAUCUGUCCUUCGAGGCUGCGGCUUCGGUUCUAGUCCCUGGCAUGACGGCUUUCUAUUCCCUGAUCGAAAUCGCCCGCGUUCGCAGCGAUGACAAGGUGUUGAUUCACUCGGCUGCUGACAGCACAGGCCAAAUGGCGCUCUGGAUCGCGAAGAUGCGAGGUGCUGAAGUAUUCGCGACUGUUGGGUCUGACGAGAAGAGGCAAUUCCUCACGGACACCUUUGGAAUCCCCAGCGACCAUAUCUUCAGCAGCAAAAACACCUCGUUUGCUCAAGGCAUACUCCGUGUUACUAACGGGUACGGCAUCGAUGUGGUCAUGAACUCUCUGUCGGGAGACAGUCUGCGUGCAACUUGGGAGUGCAUGGCUCCCUUCGGGCGUUUUGUGGAACUCGGCGUCGAUGACAUCAAGGCCAAUUCGUCCCUACCCAUGGCCGGCUUUGCCAGAAAUGUCAGCUACGCAUCUGUCGACUUGCGAUAUGUUAUCCUACAAAACCCACGCCUAACUGCCGAACUCCUGCAUUCCACAAUGACUCUGUUGGAUGCUGGUGCUAUUCAACAUCCUGCCCCGCUGCAAGCUUAUCCCGUAUCAAAGGCCGACCAGGCGUUCCGCUUCCUGCAGGAAGAGAAUAGUGUAGGCCGUGCCAUCAUCAACAUCGAACGCUCCGAUGUAGUCCCGCAACUGCUCCUGGAACGGCGACCUUGGACGUUCGAUUCAAAUGCGUCUUACAUCGUUGCCGGAGGAUCAGGUGGCCUUGGCCGUGCAAUCCUGGAAUGGAUGGUGGAUAGGGGUGCCAAGCACCUCAUCGUGCCAUCACGAUCCGGUGGCUCGAAAUCCGUUAUGGCUGAAGUCAUAUCCAAGCUGGCCAGACGCGACGUGAGUAUCGUAGCACCCGAAUGCGACGUAUCCUCGCCCGAGUCCCUCGGCAAGGUCCUCGAAGAAUGCUCCAUCACAAUGCCUCCGAUCAAGGGCUGCAUCAACGCCGCCAUGGUGCUCCAGGACGCCGUGUUCAACAACAUGACGUACGCGCAGUGGGAGCUCACGAUGAAGUCGAAGGUGCUCUCGUCCAUAAACCUGCACGAGCUGCUUCCCAAGAACCUCGACUUCUUCAUCCUCCUGUCUUCGCUCAACGGCGUCAACGGCGCCCUGGCACAGUCGAACUAUGCCGGCGGCUGCUCGUUCCAGGAUGCGCUCGCGCGCUACCGCGUCGCGCAUGGCUACAAGGGCACGUCGAUCGACAUCGGGUGGAUGCGCAACAUCGGCAUCGUGGCGGAGACACAGGCGUACCAGCGCCAGAGAAAAGAAUGGGACGACAUGCAGAAAAUUGACGGCAAGGAGCUGCUCGCGCUGCUGAGCGUGCAGUGCGACCCCUCAGAGCCGCUCCCCUCGCAAUCCGGCAGCCAGAUCCUGCUCGGCGUGCGCACGCCAGCGGACUUCCUCGUCAAGGGGCAAACCCCGCCGCCGAUGCUUACCAAGCCUCUAUACGCGCCAUUCUCACACGUAGUCGGCGAAGCCAAGGUGGCGUCCAAGGACGCGACCGUAGACCUGGCGGCGACAUUCAGGGAGGUGACGGACAGCGGCGAGCGGAUCCAGAUCGUGAUCAAAGCCCUGGCGCAGAAAUUGGCGCGCUCCAUGUCCAUCUCGCCCGACGACGUUGAGCUCAACAAGCCGCUUUCUAGUUACGGCGUUGACUCCUUGAUGGCGGUCGAGCUGCGCAACUGGAUAAGUAGAGACUUCCAGGCUAGCGUGGCUGUGUUCGACAUAAUGGGCAAUGUGCCGGUCUCGGCUAUAGGAGACCUGAUAGUGGCGAAGAGCACGGUUGGAAAGAGUCAAUAGGAGGUGGAGAAGGAGGUUAGAUAGGGGCAAUGUAUGGACUUAGAUGGACGGGUUUGGUUAUACCCAUUCAACGUUUUGGAAAUUUCACGUUUCGGAAGUUUCAUGGCCGAUCGUGGGGGUUGGAACUGGUUGGGUUGAAUUUUUCAUAGGUAGGCAAGGUUUGGAUAUUUUUCUUUUCUUUUCUUUUUUUCAACUUUGUUACCCAUAGUACCUAGGUAUCUAUAGCACGGAAAUGAGAUAUGAUGAUGAUUAUUAAGACCGUACCUAGUCUUCCUAGGUGAG